UCCAAAUUACAAAGAAGAGAAAUCGUAAAAAUAAAAAUUAUCUUUAAGAAUGAGUUGUGAAGUGAUAAAGAAAGAAAUUAAUGGACUUGAAGAAGAUUUGAAAUUAUUAUUAUUGUUAUUGUUGUUGAAUGUGAAAAUUCGAUGACAUCGAUGAGGGAUGUGCUGUGAUUGUGUUCAAUGUGUCAAACGCAGAAAACUGUUGCAAUCAAUUUUGAUUGCGAACAGGUGCGUUUUGUACGAAAAUCAUCAUCAUCAUCAUCAAUAAUUGGAUUCAAGCAAAAUUUCAUUUCAAUUAUUUUUUCUGUCGUCAUUUUUCUCAACGUUAUAAGAGUUACAGGUGGCGAUUAUGAGCAGGGAGUAAAUAAAAAUGAAACAUGGGCAAAAGAGGAUCUCUAUUUAGGAUUCAGUGGAUUAUUAAUAAAUAAGAGGAAAACUAGACUUUCAGAUUCCCUUUUAGAUACAAACUCUAUAAAAGUUUCGUCAAAUUCUCCAAAUAAAGAGCAAAGACGAUAUAAAAGAGGGGUCAUUCAUUUGUAUAAUAUGAUCGUAUGUGCCAAUGGAUGUAAUCCUUUAGCCUACAAAGGAUAUGGUUGUUAUUGUGGAUUUCUAGGCUCUGGAUUCAUUACCGAUGGCAUCGAUCGAUGUUGUAUGAUGCACGAUCGAUGCUACGACGCUACUGACUGUCCAAUGUUCUUGCAAUAUUUAGUGCCUUACUAUUGGAAGUGCUUCCGAGGUCGAAAACCAAUUUGUGCCGUGGAGCACGGAAAAUGGGGAGGUUCAGGAUCGUGCGCUCAACGAUUAUGCGAAUGUGAUCGUGAUUUUGCCGAAUGUUUAUCAAAUUAUCCGUGUCCAACGAAAAAAGCCGUUUGCACAUCAUCGCCCUGGCGUUUAGUUCAAAAUUUAUUUAUGAUUUAUUAAUUAAAUUAAAAGAAAAAGAAAGUAAACUUUUUUCCAUUGAACCCUAUUUUUCUGAAUACAAUAAAAGUUACCAUUAUUUAUUAUAAUGAGCGUAAAAAAAAUUAUUUGUAUAAAAUGAAAAUUAUUUAUAAUAAACCAUGUCGUAUCGUUUUUA